ACUUCCUGUGAAAAUGCUGUAUGUUUUCAAUGGACUUCCUGUCCAUUUAAAGAUAUCUUCAAAUGAACAGGAAGUUAUUUAGAGAUAUCUCAAAAUGAUUUAGAGAUAUCUCGAAAUGAACAGGAAGCUAUUUGAAGAUAUCUUCAAAUGAUUUGCAGAUAUCUUUAAAUGAACAGGACGUUAUUUAAAGAUAUCUUCAAAUGAUUUAGAGAUAUCUUUAAAUGAACAGGACGUUAUUUGAAGAUAUCUUUAAAUAAUAUGUGGAUUUGGCUAGCAUGGUGCGCCAAACUGUCAUUUAGAGAUAUCUCUAAACCAUUUCAAGAUAUCUCGAAAUAACUUCCUGUUUAAAAGUAAACCAGGAGAAAUAUUUUAUUCACUCAGUUAAGGAGUACAGUGGGGGCAAAGGCGCUAUGGCUCAUCCUGAAGCUGUACUAACAACUCUUGGAGCAAUUAAAAAUACACUCAGCACACUUGAAAGACAUUUUCAAGACGGUUCUAUUGAAAUUGAUAACAGUUAUAGACUGUUUCAAAAUGCAAAAACAAACUUUGAUAGAAUCAGUAUGGAAAUUCCAGAAAACGUUAGAGUGGAAAUAUCAAACUGUUUUCAUGAAUUAAUGCCGGUGUUCGAAAACGAAGGAAUUUCUGACACCCAGUCAAGCAUAAAUACCGGUGGUGAUUUCGUGGUUCAGCGGAGGAGAGAAGGUAAGUUAAUGUCUCUAUUCUCUUUGGGAACUACAGUCAUUUUAAUACACACGUGGAUUGGUUAUUGUCGCAUUUAAUUUUUUAUUUAUUUAUUUAUUUUUAAUACAGGUCAGUUUGGUUUGCCAAGGAUUUCUGUUUCGAGACACCAGCUCCAGAUUUUCGUUUCUCGAGGAUACACAGGAAAGAGGAUUGCUGAACAUUUAGGAUGCUCGGUGUCAUACAUUUAUAAGCGCUUAAGCGGAGGGUCUGUCACCAAGAGACAAAUACAGCAACAUCACAGACAGCGAACUCGAUACUGAAGUAAAGUCACUUCAUUCCCAGUAUCCAAAUGCAGGGGCCGAGAUGAUGAAUGGAUAUCUUAGAGCUAAGGGGAUAUUUGUUCAGCGACAGAGAAUACGCAAGUCUCUAAACAGCAUCGAUCCAGUAAGCAGUGCUGGACGAAGGGCCCAAGUCAUUAACAGAAGAUCUUACCACGUCCCAUCACCAAACAGCAUGUGGCAUAUGGACGGUCAUAUGAAGCUGAUAAGGUGGGGAUUUGUUAUCCAUGGUGCCAUAGAUGGUUUUUCUCGCCUUGUUCCAUAUUUGCAUUGUGCCACAGACAAUAGCUCAAGCACAGUUCUACAGGCUUUCUCCAAAGCAGUGGCAGAAUAUGGGUUACCGUCUCGCAUGAGGUCAGACCAUGGUGGAGAAAACAUACAGGUAGCCUUGCUUAUGAACAUCUUGAGAGGGCUCCAGCGUGGCAGCCACAUAACUGGAGUAUCUGUUCAUAACCAGAGAAUAGAAAGACUUUGGAAAGAUGUGUUCCUACAAGUUGUAGAGCCCUUGUACAAGGAAUUCUAUGAUUUAGAAGAUCUUAGUAUAUUAGAGGCAGAUAAUGAUGUUCACAAAGCAUGCUUGCAGUUGGUGUACCUUCCAGAAAUUAAUAAAAGAUUACAAUUAUUCAGACAAGGAUGGAAUAAACAUAAAAUCCGAACAGAAAGGAACAGAACACCUGAACAAAUUUGGUCAGAUGGAUUGGCUGCAACACUUGCAAGCUCUGCUGAAUCAGGGGCAAACAUUUUGGAUGGUAAACAAUUUGAAGAACAUUUAAUAUUACAUUUACAAAGAGCUGGAGUCCAAACAACAGAUAUUUUUAGUAUGACAGAAACUGAAGAGCAUUCCAAUCCACUUAAUUUAACUACUCAGCAGCUUAAUACCCUUAAAGAGGAAAUCCAACUUGAAGGAGACUUUAGAGAUAAAUAUGCACGUUGCAUUCACAAAACACUAGAGUUUAUGUUUUCUAACGAUACCUCCAAUGCAUCUCCAAAUUAUUAAAUUAAAUUAUUAAUUGAAACAAAUAAUAAAACCAUCCUAUUUGUUUUAAUAUGAUCAUUCUGGAACUUAAGUUUUCAAGACACAGCACAGCAAAAUGUUGUACUUUUUAACCAAUUCAGGAAGCUUGUUUUCCAUGAUUGUCUAGGUGCGGUCGGAGCAAAUGAAGUUGUUUUAUGAUUUGGUCAUGAAUUACACCUAGCAUAAGGGUGUCUAGAAACUGCAAGUGGACAUAGACCUGUGUGGUUUUGUAAGCUGGAGGGUACACUAGCUGUGGGAAAUUACGGCUUAAAGUCUUUAUAACUACCAAGCAACAUUCUACUUUUACCUACAUAUCUUAAUUCCACUUAAUCACUAUUGUUCUAGAAAAAAAAGUAAUACUUUUGAGGAACUGAUCCUGCAUUUAUUUAUUUAUUGUACACAAAGAGAUGAUUGGUGGUCAUAGUUACCUGUGGUAAAAACUUUCAUAUAAUUUGUCCAGUCCAAUAUGAAAGCAGGACACAUUGUAUUUAUAACAUCAAACUGUAUUUAAAUGCUUCUGUUCUGAUUGUAAUAUUUUACCAUUAAAGAUAUGA